GUGGUGGGCGGCAGGUCAGAGGUCAAGCCGAGCAGAGCCAUGAUGGAGGAGGAGCGCAGGGAUCUGAGGAUGUGGAUGAGGAGGAAACAGAGAGAACGACUGAUAGAGUACAGAAAACAGAGAGAAGAGAAGAGAGAGAGAGAGCGCAGACCCUUCAUCUCUCCAGUUAAACACCAGAAUCCAACCUCUGUAGAUCUGGCAGCCAGCAGGAGAACCAAAGAAGAGCGAGCCAGGCUGCUUCUUCAGGAGCAUCAUGAACAGAGAGCGCGUGACGCCUGCGGUCUGAUCUCUGAGCUGCUCACCACACCCAUCAACCUUCCCACAAACCCACAGCAGAGCCUCAGGAUCACCGGGAAAAAUAAGAGGAUUCCCAGGAGUCAGAGCGGACCACAGGCUUCUCUGGGAAAAACCGUCGUGCUUCAGAGGAAGUCUGCAGCGAAAACACACGGCUCUUUGAGCGGCAGACUCGGCCUGCACAGACCAGCCAGCGCUCUUCCAGCCGAUCGGUUAUCCAGGGUGACUCGCCGCGGGAUGCUGUCCGACCCGAAGUCCAGACAAGACACGAAGACCGUUCAUCACCUAAAACAGCGAGCAGUGAAAGAGAAAGAUCAGACGCAUGAGAGAGACGAUGAAGAGGAUCAGGACAUCAGACCGGGCUGUGAGACGCUGGAUGAGGAGCUGACCGAUGCGGAUCUCCUGCGGGAUCUGGAUCUGGACGCUCUUUCUCAAAGCACCGGCAGCGUCCUGAGCAAACUGGACUGGGCCGCCAUCGAGAGGAUCGUGGCAGAGCAGCAGUGAAGGAGACGUUUUCCACAAGCGUCCAGAUGUUGCACAGCUGCCGCUGCUGACUGUGAUUGAUUGUGCUGUUUGUGUGUGUGUAUCAUUAGUGUCUGUUUGGGCAGAAUAAACAGGAAUCUCUGGCAGGUGCGUGGCGUUGUUGGAUUCAUUUCAGAACGCAGAGCCUUCCGGAAACUAUACGACGGGCUUUGAAAUGUCUUUAACAUGUCAUUUUGCAUUUCUAAAAAUUGUUUACUGAAAAUCCUUUAAUAAAAUGAGAUGAUGC